UUAAAUGAGCAGCUAAAUGUAAUAAUGUUGUUGUUGUUGACAUGUGUCGACAAGACUCGUUCAACAUGCCACCCUGUCCCAAAGGGAUCCUCGAGUUCCCGUAAAUUCCGUUGUUUGACAGCGUACAUAAGAGCGGAAAAUACAUAGUGGAGCCUUCAAAAUAAGAGCGAAGUGCCAUCAUGAAAGUGCGAUCAGGUUGGACACAAAAGUGUCCAACCUGAUCGUUUGACACUUUUUUUAAUGGAAUAGUCACGAUUAGUCACGUUUACAAAUGUGAGAGUUUACUGUCUUAGUCCUGACGAAACACGACUUGACUAAGCCAUAGCUUGAGCGUGAUAACCUUUAUUUUGACGAUUUGGACCGGAAAAGCAAGUUAUAGAAAGAGUGACCUAACGUCAGUGCGUUCUGCGACUCGUUUCAAGUCUGCGCAUCAACCAAAACGCGCUUCACUCAUUUCAACUCUUCCGACCUCUCAAACGUUUAUUUAUUAUUAUUAUUUUUUUUUUAAACGUUUUACUUGUAUUUUGUUCAACGUCUGUUCUAGCAAAGAUGCCAAUCGGCGGGCCGGAGUGCGGUUCCGACAGGAUGUUCAGCAAACUGAUUGAGGACGAUGAAGAGUUGGACCCAAGUCCAGAUGUGCACAUGCCGGGAGACCCUGCAAUGAGACCCACGAUCAAAGUGACCGGCCCGUACCGCAUGGCCACCAUCGGCCUGGCGACGUUGUGCGGCGUCCUGCUCGUCGCCAUCAUCGCCGUCACCGCGCACUACAAGAACAAAGCAGCAGGAGGCGCCGCAGCGGAGGCGCAGAUGCAGACGGCCGACGUGGACGCCCUGAACGCCGUCAUCAGCCAGCUGCGGCGGGAAAAGGACGAUCUGCAGAAGAAACUUGAUGCCAGGACCACCGUGGCAGCGAGCAAUGGCGCAUGUGUUCAAGCCGCAGGCCCCCGUGCCGCCACCUCGCCCGCCUCGCCCGCCUCGCCCGUGGUGUGCCCGCCAGAUUGGCUCUUCUUCAACUCCAGCUGCUACUUCAUCUCGGAGGUGUCCCGGAACUGGCCGGUGAGCCGGGCCCACUGCGAGAGCGAAGGAGCUCACCUGGCCGUCAUCCUCGCGGCCGACGAGCAGACGUUCCUGUGGGAUCAACUUCCGCGAGGUCACUGGAACGCCUACUGGAUCGGAAUCACCGACGGCCACACGGAGGACCGGUGGACGUGGGUGGACGGGACGCCGCUGGUGGGCGGCUUCUGGGAGGAAGGCGAGCCCAACAACCACAUCGACGAGGACUGCGGCUACAUGGUGAAGACGCGCGUGCUGGAGCGGGUGGCGCUGCGCAGCUGGUACGACGCCCCCUGCGACAUGUUCCGCCCCUUCAUCUGCGAGAAGGAGCUGGACGGCGCCCUCGGCGCUCGCUGACAUCCUCCACGUCACAGCCGAACUGGACCAAAAUAAUAAAGUAGGCGUAAUUUGCUCACAAAAAUACUAAUUACUCAUAUGAAUAUCAGGUUGGGUAAGCGAAUGGAGCACUUCAGCUCCAGAAAUGGCAAGAAACAGGACGUUGCGUAUUGCAGAAGGUGCGCUCCAUUUGCUCACCCAGAUAUCCAAGUUGUUCUGGGAAUGAUAAUAAUCCACAAACGACUAUUUUGUUUACACGUUAUACAUAUUUUUGUAUUUUGUGGCCACAAAUUUGUAUUUUGUGAGCACAUCGUAAGUGUUUUUGCCAGAAAUUAUUUUUUGAUCAUAUAAUACAUAUUUUGGUAGUUUGCCACAAAUUAGUAUUUUGUGUGCACGAUAUACACAUUUUGGUAUUUUGUGUCCACAAUUUAGCAAAAAAAAAAAUAUAUAUAUUCCAUUUCAUGUCUAGGGCUCUCUACUUAUGCCAGUUUCAUCUUGUAAAUAAGUACAUCAAUUCAAAUGUAAUUGUUUUUGUAUCUUACUCAAGUUUACAUUUGAAUCUUAAAUAAAAUGUUUUUUAUUUUA